UAAAAUUGACAUUCCCUAAAUACAAAAACAAAAAACAAGAGAAUUGCGAGGGUUGUUCAUUUCUGCGUGAGUGAAGUCGUGAGAGAAACUGAGAAGUGCAGAGAAGAGAAUCAUGGGAAGCAGAUUAGGAAGAAGAGUGGUACACUUCGCAAACCUACCAAUCAAGCUUCUCAUGCCAACUUCAUUCACCAACAUCCAAGAAAUCGCCCUCAAAACCAUCCCUUCAGCUUCCAAGAUCGAGAUCAAACGCGUUCUGGAAUCCCUCUACGGCUUCGAGGUUGAAAAAGUUCGAACAUUGAACAUGGACGGAAAGAAGAAGAAACGCGGCGGCAUCUUGAUCGCAAAACCUGAUUACAAGAAGGCUUACGUAACCCUAAAAAAUCCGCUUUCAAUUAACCCUGAUCUUUACCCGAUCCGAGUCAUUGAAGAGGAUAAGAAGAACUUGAAUAAACAGGCUAUGGCUAGCGUCGUCGAGGAAGCACCGAGCAAAUCACACUGGCUCGAUGAGAACAAGGAGGCUCAUCGGUUCAAGCCCCAAAACGGUUAUAACCGGGGACGGUUUGGCAGUUCUGGUUCAAACCGAGGUUCUGGCUCGAACCAGGGACGAUUUGAUAGUUCCGGUUUGAAUAGGGGACGGUUUGAUCUUCCCGGUUCAAACAGGUCUGAUGGUUCUGCUGCCAAGUUUCCCUGGACUAACAUGAGGUCUGGUAGGAGUACUGCUACUAGGUAGUUUUUUUUUUUCUUAUGUUGGGUUUUGUAUGAUGAAAUUUGGUGGUUUUAUUGGAUUUUUGUUGUUUAGUGAUGAAAGUGCUCUUUUUGAUUCAAUAAUUUUUGAGAUAAAACAUUUGAGCACCAACUGUUUGUAUUAUUUACCGAGCGAGUAGCAGGUAUUAGUAUUAUGCAAGCUGUUAUUAAAUUGAGAAAACAUGUUCAACUGAAUUGGGAAACAAAUACAUAGCUGUUAUGAAACGUUCAUCAA